GGGAGGAGCAUGGAGGUAUCAUGUGUGAUGCAGCUCCACCAUCUUCUAUUGAAACCACGCGCUUCCUCCAAGUGAUCCAAACUUCGGAGCUUCGGUCUUCAUCUCUCCAGCAAUAGUUUGCUUCAAUGUCCGGGUUUCAGGAUCUUAAAGAUUUAUUCAGCAGGCGGCUGCUCGCUGCGGUUACCAAAGACAAUACAGGACGAACCACAACAUCUUUAUACGAAGAGGAGCUUCACCGCCAGAGAGAGCUGAAGAAAGUGAUUUUAACACCUGAAAUCAAGCUGCAUAGAGCAGAGUUGAGUAAAGAAGAUCCUGAUGAGAAGCAGAGGUGGAGCCCCCGUCUGGACCAUGAGAACACUGAACCCCCGCACAUUAAAGAAGAACAGGAGGAACUCUGGAGCAGUCAGGAGGGAGAGCCGCUUCAAGGACUCGAGGAGGCUGAUCCAACCAAGUUGAAACCGACGGUUCUCCCUGUGAAGAGCGAAGAUGACGAAGAGAAAUGUCAGCUCUUACAGCCUCAUCAGGGACACACUCCCAAUAUGGAAACAGAAGCUGAUAGAGAGAUCUGUGGAGGACCAGAAACAGCAAGGAACUCAGAUCCAGGAGGCGAUACUGAAUCUGAAAACACCUCUGAACCUGAAACUGAAGACAUUUGUAAUCUGGGGGAGACCAACGAGCACGAGUCAGGUUUAAACCCCCCAAAAUCCACCAAAGGCAAGAGAGUGACUGCUAAAACAGUGCAUAGCUGCUCAGAGUGUGGUAAAGAGUUUAAAUGUAAACAAUACCUGAACGAACACAAGGCAAUUCACACGGGAGAGAAACGCUUCAGCUGCUCUGACUGUGGUAAACGGUUUAACCAUAAAGGGUCCCUGAACAUACACAAGGUAAUUCACAAAGAAGAGAGACCCUUCAGUUGCUCGGAGUGUGAUAAACGGUUUAAAUGUAAACGAUACCUGACCAUGCACAAGGUAGUUCACACGGGAGAGAAACGCUUCAGCUGCUCUGAGUGUGGUAAACGGUUUAACCAUAAAGGGUCCCUGAUCAAACACGAGGCAGUUCACACAGAAGAGAGACCCUUCAGUUGCUCGGAGUGUGGUAAACGGUUUAAACGUAAACGAUACCUGAUCACACACAAGGCAAUUCACACGGGAGAGAAACCCUUCAGUUGCUCUGAGUGUGGUAAGGAGUUUAGAGAGAAAUUCAGUCUGACUUCACACAUGUUGGUUCACACAGAAGAGAGACCCUUCAGCUGCUCUGAGUGUGGUAAACGGUUUAAACAUAAAAAGGGUCUGAUCGCCCACAAGGUAAUUCACACGGGAGUGAAACCUUUCAGGUGCUCCGAGUGUGGUAAACGGUUUAAAUGUGAACCGGAUCUGAUCACACACAAGGUAAUUCACACGGGAGAGAAAUGCUUCAGUUGCUCCGAGUGUGGUAAAGGGUUUACACGUAAUGAGAGUCUGAUGAGACACAAGGUAAUUCACACGGGAGAGAAACCUUUCAGGUGCUCUGAGUGUGGUAAAGGGUUUAACUGUAAAGCGGGUCUGAUCAGUCACAAGGUAAUUCACACGGGAGAGAAACCUUUCAGCUGCUCUGAGUGUGGUGAAAGGUUUAGUUAUAGAUCCACUUUGACAUCACACAUGUUGGUCCACACAAAAGAGAAACCUUUCAGUUGCUCCGAGUGUGGUAGACGGUUUAAACGUAAACAUGGUCUGAUCAGUCACAAGUUAGUUCACACGGGAGAGAAACCUUUCAGCUGCUCUGAGUGUGGUCAAGGGUUUACUGUUAAAUCGAGUCUGACUAUACAUAUGUUGAUUCACACAGGAAAGAAACCCUUUUUCUGUUUGGUGUGUGGUAAAACAUUUAGUCGGAAAACAUCUAUAAACAGACACAUGGUAGUUCACAAAGGAGAGUGAGUCUUAAUCUGCUCUGUCUUCGGUAAAGGGCUUUAAGGACACGUGAGAGAAAUGUUGUAGUUGUAGUGUUUGUGACCAUUCGGACCGUUCAGCUAGAAACACAGAAGUGCGUUGGUAGUCAGGCUUCAGAGCGUCACCAAGGUCAAACAGGAGAAGAGAAUGUCAGAAACAGGAGCUGAUGAUGGAGACUGUGGUUAAGACUAGAGCACACCAGUCCAAUAGCUUGGCUUAGAAAAACAUUACAAAGUGCCCACUCUGGUGCCCUUUCAUUCGAAAUUGCAUGAAACAAUGCCCUCUGAAUGUCCCUCAUAUGUAUAAAAUGUUAAAAAGUAUCCUUCUGUUAGACUUAAUGUGAAAAAAAUACUCCUGGAUGUAUACUGUCAAUAAAUUGUUAAAUCGUC